AUGGGCAAGACGGUGCAUCGAUCCCAAGAGGAUCCUGUGCAUGGCGGGGUGUUGGCGAGCGACUCGAGUGAUGAGAAAGUGAGUGGACGGGAAGGCUUCCUGCCGGUGGAGCACAUGGUCCCGCGGACCGAGGCCAACACCAACGCCGUGAGGAAGACGGUGACGGCUGCCAUGGAUGCCUCGGGCCGCCUGGCGGUGCGCGAGCUGGGCGCCGAGCGGGCGACGAUGCUGAAGCGCCGGGAGGAAGUGCUGAAGAGCGAGGACCUGGACGCCCGGCGCCGGAAGAUGGAGGAGCGCAUCGACCAGCUGAAGGAGAACUACAGCCCGAACAAGCUCAUGGUGGGCUUCGUCUCUUCAGUUCAGAAGAAUGGCAUCUUCGUGAGCGUGAUCGACGGGCUGGACGCUUUGAUCCCCAUCAAGGAGUUGCCUGCGAAGUUCCUGGUUCCAGCUGAAAGCCCUGAGGCGUCCAAGGGCCAGAUGAAGCCAAGCUUGGAAGUCGGUCAGGCGGUGCAGUUUCGGCUCAUCCGCUACUCGUACCAAUCGGAUGGCUUCACUGCCUCUAUGUUGCCUCCGGAGAACCGCACAAGGCCGGCGCGUCAGCGCCCGACGGGGGGGUUCGAGGAGGAGCUGGAGAGGCCGCCAAGCCCAGACAACUCGGCUUUGGGGAAAGCCUGGGCUGCCAAGGGCUAUAGUGCCGUCAGCACAGAAGCCGCCGCGGAGCUGAACGAGUGGUUGAGAUCAAAGAUGGAGGACAAGAAGUCCAAAAAGGGCUCAAAAUCAGCAGUGAAGUCCACCCAGAACACCUAUCUCGUCAGCAUCCUUCGGGGCAUGAACACCAAGGCAGUGGGCAGCAUCGAUCUGGAGAAGAACAUCUCUGAGAAGGAGAUCAAGCAAGCCGCGGUGGAUUUGCUGCAAAAGCAGGGCCACCUCAAGGCCGGGGAGCAGCACAAAGGGGUGACGAUCACGAAGAACAUCAUCAACGUGAAGCUGUAG